CGUCGAACACACGCGCUUCGCUUUUCGUGAAGUCUGUGUCUGUUGAUCACGACGUUUAGCAGUCGCAAUCAUGGCGGACCAGACAAAUAGACCGCAUCGGGCGGGGAAAGAGAAGAAGCCGCAUUCUGGUGGACCGAACCCUAAGGCGUUUGCAUAUGCUGCGCCAGGAAGAUUAGCGAAGCAGGGCGCGCGCUCUCAGGAUGUGAAAGAAAAGCGCCUCCACGUCCCGCUCGUCGACCGUCUUCCCGAAGAAGCGCCUCCGAUCAUCGUCGCAGUCGUCGGGCCUUCAGGCGUGGGCAAGACCACGCUCAUCAAGAGUCUGAUCAGACGAUACACCAAGCAGACGCUCUCCUCGCCAUCUGGGCCGCUCACCGUCGUCACUUCGAAGCGCCGCCGCCUCACAUUCAUAGAAUGUCCGUCCGACUCGCUCGCCUCCAUGAUUGACAUCGCCAAGGUGGUCGACAUCUGUCUACUCAUGAUUGACGGAAACUAUGGCUUCGAGAUGGAGACCAUGGAGUUCUUGAACGUCCUUUCGUCUUCUGGUAUGCCAGGAAACGUGUUCGGUAUCCUGACGCAUCUGGAUCUGUUCAGGAAGCAGGAAACACUGAAGCUGCAGAAGAAGCGUCUCAAGCACCGCUUCUGGAGCGAGCUGUAUCAGGGCGCAAAGCUGUUCUACCUCUCGGGUGUAGUCAAUGGGCGCUACCCUGAUCGAGAGGUCAUGAACUUGAGCAGGUUCUUGAGUGUGAUGAAGAAUCCGAGACCGCUGGUUUGGAGGAACUCGCAUCCGUACUGUUUGGCUGACAGAUUUCUGGACAUUACACCCCCCACCGAUAUCGAAGAGAACCCAAAGUGCGAUCGCACAAUCGCGCUGUACGGAUAUCUCCGAGGUACAAACUUCCCAGCUGGAGGGUCGAGGGUACACAUCCCUGGUGUCGGCGAUCUGACAGUCACAUCGACCGAAGCGCUCCCUGAUCCGUGUCCGACACCAUACUUUGAGAAGCAGGCGGAGAAGAUCAGCGGCAAGAAGAAGCGCACAAGACUAGGCGAAAAGCAAAAAAUCCUAUAUGCCCCCAUGUCAGAUGUUGGAGGUGUUUUAGUUGACAAAGACGCCGUAUACAUUGAUGUCAAGACGAACACUUUCAACCCAGACGAAGAGCCUGAUCAGGAGCGUGGGCUUGGAGAGCAGAUGAUGAUCGGUCUGCAAGGUGGCAGGAAGCUACUUGGCGAGGACGAUCGAGGUUUUAGGCUUUUCAGCGGCGGUGAGCUUGUCAACAAUCAGAAUGUCCAUGAUGAUGAAGACGCUGGGAACACUGGGCGAAGGUCACAAAGAAAGGCACGCGCUGCGGAGGCGGACGACCUCGACGAUGCGGAACUCGACGACAUCGAUAGUGAUGACGACGAACUGCAGCAAGACCACAGCGGCGACGAAGACGACGAGGACGACACAGGGUUCCUGGACACUAAGAGCUCAUCAUCGAGGAAACCGAAGCUCGCGCGGAAAGAGGACAAGGACGAUGCGGCAGAAGAAGUGGCAUUUGCAGACAGUGAUUCCGACCUCGGUUCGAUCUCAGGAGAAGAGCCAGACUUCAGCGACUCCGAGAACGGCGAUUCUGACUCUGAAGAGGACGAUGAUGAUGGUGCUCUGAAUUGGAAAGAUAACCUCCGCGAGAACGCGGCUAAGCUGCACGGGCGGAAGCGGCCUUACCGCAUCGCAGAACUCGGAAAGUUAAUGUACAAUCUCGACAUCUCGCCAGAAGACGUCAUCACAAAGUGGAAGGGAGACGAUGAAGAAGAAGACAUUGAGGCUGACGAGGAGGAGGAUGGGUUCUUCAAGAAAUCCAAGGCCCAGGACACGAACAACGAGGACCGGUACAUCGCGCGCUUCAACUACGAAGAGCUGGCGAAGAAGUGGGAAGACGAGGAGAACAUCGCAGCCUUGAAAAGUCGAUUUGCCGGUGGUCACAUGGCUGGUAAGGGCAGCGAUGGCGAGGACGACGAGUUUGAUGGGUUCGAUGGUGAGGGUGAUGACGACGAAGGCGAUGGCGAGUUCGAGGAUCUUGAGACUGGUGAGAAGUUUGGUGACGACCAGCCAAACACGGAGGCUGAAGCUGAGGUCGAUGACAUUGAGCUUGAACGGGAGAAGAACGCAAAACGGAAAGAAGAGCUCAAGCUGCGGUUCGAGGAGGAAGAUCGAGAGGGUUUUAUGAACGACAAAGCAGACGCUCGUAAAGAAGGUGCGCAAGAGGAAGAGUUUGGCGAAGACGACUGGUACGACGCUCAGAAAGCCUUGCUCAAGAAGCAACUCGACAUCAACCGCGCUGAGUUCGAUCAGCUGGACGAGGCUUCUCGCCAGCGUGUUGAGGGUCACAAGGCCGGUACUUACGCUCGCAUUGUACUUGAAAAUGUGCCUUGCGAGUUCUCCAUGAACUUCAGCCCACGAUUCCCUGUGCUCAUUGGAGGCUUGACGCCUACCGAGGAGCGCUUCGGUUUCGUACAGAUCCGCAUCAAGCGUCACCGCUGGCACAAGAAGAUCUUGAAGACCAACGAUCCCGUCAUCUUCUCACUCGGAUGGAGGCGGUUCCAGACCACGCCCAUCUACUCUAUCUCUGAUUCGCGAACGCGAAACCGCAUGCUCAAGUACACACCAGAGCACAUGCACUGCUUCGGAACCUUCUAUGGGCCGCUCGUGGCACCCAACACAGGUUUCUGCUGUGUCCAGUCGCUUUCAAACAAGACACCUGGAUUCAGGAUAUCGGCCACUGGUGUUGUAUUGAAUGUUGAUGAGUCGACAGAAAUUGUCAAGAAGCUCAAGCUGACCGGCCAUCCUUACAAAAUCUUCAAGAACACGGCUUUCAUUAAAGACAUGUUCAAGACUUCUCUCGAAAUCGCCAAGUUCGAGGGUGCUUCAAUCCGCACCGUCUCCGGCGUGCGUGGCCAGAUCAAGCGCGCCCUCUCCAAGCCAGAAGGCAACUUCCGUGCCACCUUCGAAGACAAGAUCCUCAUGUCCGACAUCGUCUUCUUGCGCGCAUGGUACCCCAUCAAGCCUCGCCGCUUCUUCGCUGCCGUCACCAACUUACUCGUCCCUCCCACAGCCGAGGACAAGGAGGCCGGCGAAAGCACAAGCUGGCAAGGCAUGCGUCUGACCGGUGCCGUCCGCGCAGAACUCAACCUGCCGACCCCCUCAAUCAAGAACUCCGCGUACCGCCCCGUCGAGCGCGAGGAGCGCAAGUUCAACCCCCUCCGCGUCCCCAAGAAGCUCGCUGCCGAACUGCCCUUUAAGUCACAAAUCGCAGCGAUGAAGCCACAGAGAAAAGAAACAUAUCUGCAAAAGCGCGCCGUCGUGCUGGGCGGCGAGGAAAAGAAGGCUCGCAGGCUGAUGAACCAAGUCAUGGCAAUCCGCAACGAGAAGGUGGAGAAGCGCCGCGCGAAGCAGGAGGAGCGCAAGCAGCCGUACAAGCGCAAGAUCGAGGAGAACAAGGAGAUGAAGGAGGCGCGCGAGAAGCGCGAGAAGCAGGAGUACUGGCAGCGCGAGGGCAAGAAGAGACAGCAUCAAGGCGAUGGCGAGGGAGGUCGCGGCGGUGGCGGCGGCAAGAGGAGAAAGUAGAGUCCUACUCGCGAUAUAGUGGCUGCAUUGCAUUGUUGUGGCGUUACAUAUGGUUGCGAUAGUCUGAGAAUAUAUAGUUGAGCGUCCAGAUCUUCAUGAAGCCAAAGUCCUGAGCUAUCGACAUGCACUUCUGCAGCGUUCAGAGCACGUGUUUUGCAGUACUAGCGCAGAGUUUACUUAUUUGUGGCUGAG